GUCCGAAGCCAUCUGCUACGAGACGUAGCAAACUGCACAGAAAUGCGUCACAUUUAGUCGGACAUCGCCUUGUUGAACCCAGCAUUCGUCCAGAAUUUCUUUUCCGCAUUCUCCGCCUUGCCACUGCGUCACCAUGCGAGUCUCCGACGUGGCUACAGGCGGCAGUGCGCUUUCCCACGCCGCUCUACUCGAGGCCGCACGUCGUCAAGCGGCCAACGAAGCCCCAGCUCAGCUCCGCGAUGCCCAAGAAGCCGAGGAAAGCCCUGGAGAAGAGGACAAACAACAAAAGAAGACGCCCCCACCGCCCGCUAGAAGCCUCGCCGCUGCCGUACUCAACGGCUGCGUGGGAGAAUUCUACCGCGCGAUGGAACACGUGACCAACAUUCUGACAGACGAAGAGCUAAAGUUGCCGCAGAUCGUCGUCAUCGGCGAAGAGAGCAGCGGCAAGUCCAGUGUGCUGGAGAAUGUAGCCAUGUUGCCGCUGUUUCCCCGCGAUUCUGAUAUCUGCACGAGGAUGCCCAUCCUCCUCAAAAUGUCGCACGGCAACAUUGAAGGCGACCCAGAACUCAUGCCGCACUGCAAGGGCAACCCGCACCCAGCAGACCAACAACAGAUCAAGAUGCGACUGAUCUACUCGGACGCCCGAGCGCCGAUUGAGUCCGAGAGGCUCUUCACACUGCAAGAAGCGGCGCAGCUCAUGAGCAAGUGGAUGAAGCAGAUCGUUCAGGAGGAACACGACGCCAACAAACUCGCUGGAGUCGUGGAUCACGUGCUGGAGAUUGAAGUGCGCGCGCCCAAUUUGCCCAACUUGAAGGUAGUGGACUUGCCCGGAAUUGUCGCAGGGAAACUCAUUGACGAGCCCGAAGACAUGAUGCAACGCACUCGGGCGCUUGUGGAAAAGUAUCUAAAGAUGCCAGACACACUGGUACUAGCGGUAGUGCCAGCGUUUGAGCGUGCGCGAAACUCACAGGCGUUCCAGUUGGUACAGCAGUAUAAGCUAGCGGACAAGACGAUAGGAGUGUUGACAAUGGUGGAUCGCGCUCUGGAUGAGACGAACCCUGAGGGUCCUUUAACUCAAGUCAAAAGUCGUCUUGACGGUACAUCGAGCGAUAUCGUGUACCUGAAAGAAGGUUAUGUGGCUGUGAGAAACCGCAACUCACGUCUAGUGCCUGAGGUAAGUUUGGAGGAGUUUAAAGAGGAGGAAGAUGCGUGGCUCGAAGGAAAUUUACCCGGAUAUAUCGACCGUCGUCUUGCUUCCAGCACCGUACUGGUGGAUAAACUGGAAAAAAUGUUGGCAACUCAUAUUCGUCAGUACUGGGUGCCUGCAACACAAGCGAAAAUCAAAAAGGAAAUCGAAAAAGUUGCAGACAAAGUGGCGAGUUUGGGGCCUGAUGCACAAGAAAUAGUCGACGAUUUCCUUCGUGUGUCUCAGUCAGUAGCUCGCAAACGCAUGUUGCAACUGAUAGAGCCGAUUGUGCCGCAACUGAUGAGCUCAGUUGACGAAAUGAUGCUGCAAUUUGCAGCAAUUGUUCAUUCGGACUUCAUGGAGUCACGCGACGAGCACGAGUUGAUUUUGGCUCCUUUUCACGCAAAAGUGAAGCCUUCGUUUAAAACAAACUCAGGUUCGUUGAUAGCAGCGUCGAUGGUGAUGUUAGGCUCGCAUGACACAUACAUCGCCGACCAUUUGGUCCGGAUCCUCAAGAAUAUAGUGCUGCACAUUGUGAAGCUCGUGCAAAAGACGAUCAAAUUGGAGGAAAAUACGCAGCGCUUAGAUCGAUUUGGCAAUCUUCACUACUUUUUCGCUAGCAUUUUAUGGGAAAGAUUGAACGAACUGUUGAUUGAUGAGGAUGAUCUACUGGCACGCUUGGAUAAAUCCUUUUUGGACUUUGAUCCAGAGAACGCCACUAAUCUGCAGCUGCCGAAGUCCGUCAAGAAGAUUUCGCUCGAAGAAUCUAGUGAAUUGAAGGUUUUGGCCAAUGACUUGGAACUGUAUCUGGCCUCGAGGGGUUUCCACAACACUUCGUUUGAUGAAGUUUACGUUCCAAAGGAUACUUCUGACAUGAUGCCUAUGACCAGGGAGAUGUCGCGUUUGAUCAUUAGCGCCCUGGUACCAACGCUGGGGAAAGCGCACCCUCGUGGUCUCGGACAGGCAUCUGCACACAAUGGAUUCCAUUUUGGUGGUAGUUUUGGUGCAAAACAGACUACCGAGGAGUCUCGAGAAGCCGGCGAGUUCGAGCUUCGCCUGUUCUUCGCACUUACGUCACACGUGGUUGCCCCACUCCUUCAGUCAAUCUGUGGCGUGAGUGAUCUGAUACGGAAGAUGCAGGAAUAUGUGUCCAGCUUUCCGAAAGUGUCAGCUUGCAAGACGCAUAUUUUCCACGAUACGACGGCUGGAAAACGCAAGAAGCUGAAGAAGAAGAUGAAGCACCUGGAUGCAGCUGCUGAAGGGCUGAAAGCACUCUUUCCUUGAUUUUUAUAUGAUCGACGCUGCUUCGAAAACGAAUACGCAAUUUAUGUGUCGUAAAAAAAGUAAAAAAUCGAGAUUUCAAAGCAAAUUAUAUAAUUUUUCAUACAUGCUGCGAGUUUCUUCUUAUACCAUAGAA